AUGUUUGGAUUUCUUGCUUUCAAUGGUGGAUCAACAGGAGAAAUUUCAACUAAAGGUGUUGGGCAAAUAGUAGUCAAAGUUAUGGUUAAUACUAUUUUGUGUGGGGCUUUUGCUGCUUUGUCUUAUUUAUUUGUUCAUUUUAUUAGAAAAGGAAAGUGGACAAUUUUGUUGACAAUUAAUGCUUGUUUAACUGGUAUGUUUUUAAUAAAUUCUGAUUUCUUGUUGUUUUUGGUUAAAACAAAAUCAGAAUAA